CACGAAUAGUCUGAAGAAUCAAGUGGUGUAACGAGUUUGGAAUGUGGAGAAGGGGAUGAUGACCACUUCCUCGUAUGAUGGGUAUGAGUGAACAAGGACCUGGUUGGCGAUGGCUUGGCCUAGACUAGGUACCUCCGUAGCUGACAAGCGCCCACUUGCAUCGAAGAUCCAGCCAGGGUUCUUGCACAUCUGAUUCUGGGCUGGCCGGGGCAGACUAGUUUGUCUUCAGGAUCGACCGCUUAAAAGAGGCCCCUCUGCAAGCAGGCAUCAGCAGGCCGUAAAUCACUCCCCCACAAAACGUCACCCACCAACACGGCUCUGCCUCCCUGACUCUCUUGGUAGACCAUACAUAACCAGAUUACCCUCCCGUGGAAGACCAAUUGACUCUCGGCCAGACAACAUCAAGCACUUCUUGCAAACUUUCCAACCAAGGAGCCUUAGAAACCCUGCCAAAGAUGGACCGCUUGAAUCAGAUCAACCCCUUUUCGAAGAGGGAAUCGUACAGUAGGAACAGGAUCAUCACGUACAAGGUCCUGACUAUCGUGACAUGGCUGUUGUCCGUUAUCGCCUCGGUCUACUAUACCUUCCACCGUCCCCAUGACGGGCACCACGCUCGCAGGAGGAUAUGGGAUCAGAAUCACAUGUAUCCUACGGGCUUUACGCUGAACCAUAUCAUCGCGUCGAUCUACUGGAUUGUCCUCUUCAUCCUGCAGCUGGGCUACAUCGGGCACCUCUUCUCGAGCAAGCUGGAGCGCGUCAACCCGGCCUGCGCCGUGGGGUCGCACUUCAUCGCCAACAACCUGCUGCACUUCGCCUUCGUCAUGCUCUUUGUGCGCUCCUACUUCGCCUGGGCCGAGGUGGUGCUGGUCGCCAACUUCUUCAACCUGUCGUCGCUCUACUUCCGCCACAACGCCUACCCGCGCGCCAUCCACUUCCCGGCCGUCUCGGGCCCGCUGGCCUGGACCUUCGUCGCCAUCUACUGGAACGGCGCCAUCAUGGUGCCUCACCACCACAGCCUCGUCGCGCGCGUCUUUGCAAACAUCUUUGUCUGGUCCAUCCUGGCGUACGGCGGCUUCUUCAUCGUGGCCUAUAGGGACUACACCAUGGGCUUCUCGCUGAGCGUCCUCUCGGCCGCCCUCGGCGUCGCGCAGUUCCAGGGCAAGUUCAUCGCCCUGCAGUGGAUCUUCGCCUUCACCAUCAUGGCCGUCCUCUUCGUCCUCACCGUCCUCGUCGCCGUCCCUGCGUGGGCGGGCCGCGAAGACGGCGGCUUCUUCGGAAUCGGCCGCCGCCAGCAGCAGCCCGCCGCCGACACGGAGCGCGCCCCUCUCCUCGGCGAUAACUGAAGCCCCCCUCACCCAGGGGGGUUUCUUGAUGACCGGCCAUGACGGGUGGGAGAGGAGAGCUGUGCCCCCCCAGCCGUUUGGUGUCAGGGUUCUGGAUUCAGAUCCCCGACGCGUUUUAAUACCGGUCCCGUAAAAACAAGCAGCUCCGUUAGGAUCUACUUUCUGGCGUCAAAUGGGAGUGCCUUUCGUUUGGCGCCCCGGUUGAUUCACUGAAAAUUCCCGUCUGGUAAUGAGAAUGCAUUUUCACCUCCUAGUUCCCGCAAAAUUGAUCCCGGGGAUACGCAUUUGUGUUUAUUUUCAACUUAUGGCUUUUCUCGACGUAUAUAAUCUUGGAUAGUAAUGAGAGGCGUUUUCCUUUUAUUUGCGAUCGCGAAGUCCUUAUCGAAAGAAGGUGACGUCAUUUCCAUUAAUAUCGAAACGCCAAGGCGUGUAACCAUUAAGAUAACGGAUAAGAGAUAAACGAUAACAAAGUAAACAUGGGGGCAGAUUAAGCGUGAGGG